CUGUUCACAACAGAAAGGAAGCUCGUUCACAAAAGGAAGAAGAUCCAGAUACAGUCCACACCAGAAAGGAAGCUCGUUCACAAAAGGAAGAAGAUGCAGGCAACAAAAAAUCCAGUUCAUUUUUCAUAAGCGAAAUAAGAGACUUGCUAUUCGUAAGGUAUAGCCAAGGAGAAGAGGAUGCGCUUUGCUUUUUCCACACACUGACUGUAGACUCCAGACAAUUCCUGCCUCGAGAGUGGAGAGUUCUACUGAAUUACCAUGGAUUGGUCAGGAAUAUACUCUGCCUGAACAACGAAGCAAGAAAUGUGUUUGGAUGGAAGGUACAGUUGAUCGCCUGGAUAUGCAUAUGUUGGCAAUGGCAAGGAAACAUGAAUAUCCUUAUAGAGAAAUGGAACAGUGUUCGUAAGACCUCUGAUUCACAUGGAGAUUCACUGCUAAUGUUGGUAGACUAUUUUAUAGAGAACAAUUUGUGUGAUAUGAGCGAGAUGACAAAGGCUAUAAGUAAAGAACAUCAUGACAAAAGACAGAGGGCAUCAGUUAAAUUGGUAGAACCCGAAAGUAAUGUUGCUAAAAUCAUAGACAUUGCUGAAAGCAGCAACAGGGAAUCCCGAGAAUUGAAAGGUGUUCAAGGCCAGAAAAGCAAGGUAAUCAAUGAUGACGAAAGCAAGGAGAGGCUCAGUCUAAAGGAAUUCGAAAAUGUUAUGAAAGGACAACUCGAGACAUUUGAGAAAAGACUGGAUGAGUUGAAGAAAGAAAUGAAAGAAAUGAUAGAGCAGGCCACAAAAUACAACGGUAAAAUAAUUAAUAAAAAAGAGGAAAAGAAAAUAAAUUUGGAAAAUUGGAAUAAAAUGAGAUCGGCAUUGCACAAAUAUGAUGUUUCGAUGGAUGGUAUUCAUGCUUUUCAAAGGUUUAGAUUUAAUUGCAGUGCCGGGCAUCUCUGGUAGCCGUGAUAUAAACUAGCAGUGCUACCUCUCUGUCAUUGCAAGUCUAAUAGACAAUAUAAUGGCUGGGCCGAUAGGCAAAAUAGAAAAAUGGAUGCUUCCAUAUUCAUCAUCUACAUUGAUAGAUUUACUUUUAUAUUUCUAUCUUCCUUGCAAUAUUGCUCCUACUUUUUGGGCCCUUAUAAUUAAAU